AACAGUGGCGACGAGGAUUAAAGUGUCAAGAUGACAGCAGUUUUCGGGAAAAUAGAUUCUUUCGAGGAGGGCAAAGAGACAUGGGAACAUUACUGUGAGCGUCUGGGACAUUAUUUCAUAGCAAAUGGAAUCGGUGACACCGAAGAGGCGGAUAAAAAAAAGAGGCGGUCUAUUUUGCUCAGUGUGUGUGGCAGUAAAAUAUAUAAGCUGAUGAGUGACCUAUUAGCACCAAAUAAACCAGGUACGAAAACUUUUGAUGAACUUGUAAAAUUAGUGCAAGAUCAUUAUGCACCCAAACCCUCGGAAAUAGUCCAAAGAUUCAAAUUCCAUAAUCGUUUUCGCAGACCAGGAGAGUCUGUGGCCUCGUUUGUGGCCGAAUUACGUCAUUUAACGGAACAUUGCAAUUUUGGUGCGGCUAUUGAAGUGAUGAUUAGGGACCGUCUGGUUUGCGGGAUCAUGGACGAUAAGAUACAGAGACGCCUGCUAGCGGAGAAGGAUUUGACUUUAAAGAAAGCAUAUGAAACUGCAAUAUCAAUGGAAACUGCAGCGAAGGGAGUACUUGAUCUACAGAGUGGAACUCCACAUGCUGAAACUGUAAACAAAGUGAGUGAUGGUGAAAAACCACAAAAAGACAAAAGUAGCAUAAAGUGUUAUUAUUGUCACUUGUUUGGACACUUUGCCGCAGAGUGUAGGAAAAAGAAGGCCGACCAAGUCGCUAAUCGGGGAAAAGGAAGAGGAAACUCGAGAGGCAAUUUUUGGAGUAACAAACCAAGGGAUCAGUUCAGAAGAGAAAAUGUGCACAAUGUAUGUGAUACACCUGAUGAAGAAGAAGACCCCACUGAGUAUACCUUGUAUCAUAUGAUGGAGCCGGGCAAGCAGCCACCAUAUUGUGUGUUUUUAGCAUUGAAUGGAGUAGAUCAGUCUAUGGAGUUGGAUACGGGAGCCAGUAAGACCGUGAUUAGUGAAGAAGUAUACAAGACUUUAUGUAAAUCUGACUCUCGGUUGAACUUAGAACCUUCAUGCACAAAAUUGCGUACUUACACUGGGGAACUUAUUCCCAUCCUAGGAACAGUACAGUUGAUUGUGAAGUACAAAGAUAAACAGUAUGAUCUGAAAGCAGAAGUGGUAAAAGGGAAGACACCGUGUUUACUUGGCCGUGAUUGGCUUGAUGUCAUUAAACUGUGCUGGGAUGAAGUAUUUCAGAUUAAAACAGAAGUACAGUCUGAUGUGGAACAGAUUCUGAAAAAAUAUGAAGUUGUGUUCAAGAAAGAAUUGGGGACAGUCCAAGGAGUGAAAGCAAAAAUAUAUGUUGACUCUCAGGAAAAACCGAGAUACUUUAAAAGUCGUUCACCACCUUUUGCCUUGAAAGAGAAAAUUGAACAUGAGUUGGACAGAUUAGUUCGCGAAGGAACUGUUACACCUGUAGAGUUUUCAGAGUGGGCAACGCCUAUCGUACCAAUAGUAAAGAGCGACAAGACCGUACGUAUUUGCGGUGAUUAUAAAGUCACAGUGAAUAGAGUUUCGAAGCUGGACAACUAUCCUAUUCCAAAAACGGAGGAUCUAUUUGCAAUAUUAGGGGGUGGCGAACAUUUUUCCAAACUCGACCUGAGUCAAGCCUAUCAGCAGUUAGAGUUAGAUGAGGAAUCUAAGAAAUACACCACUAUUAACACACAUAAGGGGCUUUUUCAGUAUAAUCGUCUACCUUUCGGAAUCUCAUCUGCUCCUGGCAUAUUUCAGAGAACUAUUGAAAACCUGCUCCAGGGCAUAUCCAGUGUUAUUGUUCGAUUAGAUGAUAUACUUGUGACUGGAAAAACCCGUGGUGAACAUUUACAAAAUCUUGCGGAAGUGUUAAAGAAGUUGGAAGCAGCGGGAGUUCGACUGAAAAGAGAGAAGUGUGUUUUCUUGGCAGAUGAAGUUACAUACCUUGGACAUCGCAUAAAUAAGCAUGGAAGACAGCCAACUGAAGACAAGGUGCAAGCGAUCAAGAACUUACCUGAACCAAAUAACGUUAAAGAAUUACAGGCUUUUCUUGGAAUGCUUAACUACUAUGGUUGCUACUUACCAAAUCUGUCAACUGUAUUAGCACCAUUACAUGAACUCUUAGGAAAAGAUGUUGCAUGGUCUUGGGGUCCUAAACAGUCAAACGCAAUGCAGGAGUCAAAAAACCUUUUGAGAUCUUCAUCUAUACUAGUUCAUUUUGAUUCAGCCAAGAAGCUUGUCAUGUCCUGUGAUGCCUCGCCAACUGGGUUGGGUGUUGUGUUGUCACACAUUACAGAAGAAGGAGAAAAGCCAAUAGCUUAUGUGUCACGAACCCUGGCACCAGCAGAAAAAAACUACUCUCAGUUGGAAAAGGAGGGACUUGCAAUUAUAUUCGGAGUGAAAAAACUUCAUCAGUACCUGUAUGGUCAUCAUUUUGUUAUCUAUACUGACCACAAACCAUUAUUGGGCCUGUUUAAACCUGACCGAGCCAUUCCAACCAUGGCUGCCGCUCGAAUUCAGAGAUGGGCUCUGAUCCUGGCCGGAUACGAGUAUGAAAUAUUGUACAAAGAGGGUAAGAAGAAUGGUAAUGCAGAUUGUUUGAGUCGUCUUCCACUCAAGGAGAGUGUGGAUGUACCUGUACCGGGGGAGACUAUUUUACUCAUUGAACACUUAAACAGUACACCAGUACAUGCUGAAGAAAUUGAAGAAUGGACACAGUUGGACCCACUUCUGCGUCAAGUAACCUUUUGUAUAAAGAAUGGAUGGAAAGAGAAAAAUAAGGAUGAGGAACUUCGUCCUUAUUUUAGCAGACGAAACGAACUAAGUGCUCAUGAAGGGUGUAUUCUAUGGGGAAGUCGUGUGGUGAUCCCAGAACCAGGAAGAGAAAAAUUAUUGGAUUUGUUGCAUGAAGGACAUCCUGGAAUAGUCAGGAUGAAAAACCUGGCAAGGAGCUACUUGUGGUGGCCAGGAAUUGAUGAAGCUAUUGAGACCAAAGUACGAGGAUGUGAAGAUUGCCAGGCACAAAGCGCCAUGCCGGCAGUGGCGCCCUUGCAUCCCUGGGAAUGGCCAGAUCGCCCCUGGUCUAGAGUACAUGCAGAUUAUGCAGGACCUUUUAUGGGAUCCAUGUUUUUGAUCCUAAUUGACGCUUAUAGCAAGUGGAUUGAGGUCUAUAAGUCAUCUACUUCUACAUCUGAAGUGACCAUCGAAAAAUUCAGACAGGCAUUUGCAACACAUGGAAUCCCUGAUGUACUUGUUACGGACAAUGGGACCUGUUUUACAAGUCAUGAAUUUUCCUGCUUUACAUCGGAGAAUGGUAUUCUACAUGUGAAGACCUCACCAUACCACCCCGCAUCCAAUGGGUUGGCUGAGCGGGCUGUUCGAAUUUUUAAGGAAGGGAUGAAGAAGAUGGAUAAAGGCCCUGGAUCAUUGAUGACCAAGUUGCAAAGGUUUUUGUUAAACUACCGAACAACUCCACAUACUACGACUGGUGUAACUCCAGCAGAACUCCUCAUGAAUAGGAAAUUACGAACAAAGCUAGACUUCGUCAAACCUGAAAUUCGAGAACGAGUAGAAAAUCGACAGAAGAAAUUCAAGCACUACCAUGAUGCACAUGCAAAAGGACGAACCUUUAUGGAAGGAGAUGCCGUUAUUGUGAAAAGUUUUCCAAGUGGACAGUGGAAAUGUGGGGAAAUAACACAAAAGACAGGACCAGUAUCAUACAGAGUCGCACUACCAGACGGAGGAAUCGCACGCAGACAUGUCGAUCAUAUCAAGCAGCGACAUUUUAAACCAUCUAUGGAACUGGACAAUCCUGAUGGAAGCGACUAUACUCAUACCCCAGUAACCAUAGAAGAGAGUCCUACAUCCAAAGCAUCCGACUGCGAGUCCGUGACCGAUACGACUUUACCAUUAUCCACUACAUGUACUUCAACAUCGUCCAGCGCUCCAAGCGUAACCAGUCCACGCAGAUCAUCUCGUUCUGUUAAAAAACCAGCCUAUCUGGACGACUACGUAACUCCAUAAAUAAACUGUUGAA